AUGAAAGCCCCCAAGACAUACAACCCCUAUUUCAUGGCAGUGGUUGCCACCUUCGGAGGGGCGCUAAUUGGAUUUGACGUAUCGUCCCUUUCCGCCAUUAUCGGCACUCGACAAUACAUCGAGUAUUUCGACAACCCGCACGGUGCGAUCCAGGGUGCCAUUGGCUCCUCGCUGGCCGCAGGCUCGGUGGUUGGUGCUGCACUCGCUGGUCCUGCAUCGGACCGUUGGGGCCGCCGAGACACCAUCUUUGUUUCCUGUUUCUUCUGGUUACUCGGCACCAGCAUCCAGGCGGCCACCGUCUCUACUGGAAUGUUGAUCGGCGGCCGCAUCUUGAACGGUGUCACAGUCGGAGUCACUUCUGCCCAAGUUCCCGUGUAUCUGGCCGAGAUUGCGAAGAAGGAAAUUCGCGGAGCUCUGAUUAUCUUCCAAGAAUUUGCCAUCGAGAUCGGCGUCCUGAUCAUGUACUUCAUCGGCUACGGCACCUCUCACAUUGCGGGAGCAACGACGUCCUUCCGACUUGCCUGGGCCCUGCAGUUGUUGCCAUGUCUGGUGCUGAUAGCUGGUCUUCCUUUCCUGCCCCGAUCACCCAGAUGGCUCGCCAAAGUCGGGCGUCUCGAGGAGGCCUACGAUGUCCUCGCCAAGAUUCAAGCAAAUGGCGACCGCGAAGACCUUUUAGUAAUCGCAGAGUGGCAAGAGAUCACACAGACUCUGGCUGCUGAGCGCGAAGCCCUUCGUGGCUGGAAGAAGUUCAUCAAGAACGGCAUGUGGCGCCGCACCCUCGCCGGUAUCUCUGUGCAGGUCUGGCAACAGCUCACUGGUGCGAAUGUGCUGAUCUACUAUGUCGUUUACAUAUUCCAGAUGGCGGGUUUGACGGGCGAUAUCAACUUGAUCUCUUCGGGAGCGCAGUAUGCGGCUUUGAUCGUCGGCACGGCGAUUGCUUACGUUGUCGUGGACAAGAUCGGACGCCGACCUCUCUUAGUUCUCGGAGCUCUAGGCAUGGGAACCUGUCAAUUUGUCGUCGGUGGUGUCCUCGGUCAAUACGGAACCUAUCUUCCUGACGGGCUGAACGGCAAUUUGAACGUCAGGGUUUCGGUGACGGGCGCAGCCAGUCACACCGUCAUCGCCUUCUCCUACAUCAACAUGUUGCUGUACGGAUUGACGCUCGCACCGGUGCCCUGGGUUUAUUCUGCUGAAGUGUGGUCCCUCGAGACACGCUCUGUCGGCAUGUCAGUCGCGGUUGUGUGCAACUGGGCCUGCAACUUUGCGCUUGGGCUGUUUGUCCCCCCCGCGUUUGCUAAUAUCAGCUGGAAAACCUUUAUCGUGUUUGGAGUCCUGUGCUUCACAGCAGCAAUCCACAUGUUUCUGCAAUAUCCCGAAACUGGACAGAAGACAUUGGAGGAAGUCGAGGAGCUGUUCCAGAAGGGAGCCAGCGCCGCUUGGAAGACCCGUGUGGGCCAUUCUCACCUUGACGAGAAGGCGGCGGGAUUGCAAGAAAGCGAUCAGAAAAUUACCACUUUGAUUGAGAAUGUCAAUGAAACCCCCGAACGCAGUCAUGUUUAG